AGCCAAGGAGCAGCUAACUUGGAGAUGGACUAAAUUGAGGCCACCGUAACUCUGUGCAAUCUGGGCAGGCACCGUGGGCAGAACAGACUAUACUUUGCAAGUGGAGCUGGGUGGGAGUGGGAGAGAGGGCUGCCCAGAUCAGAAACAUCUUGUGGCAUCUCCGCAGGAGGAGGAAGGUGCAUUUGGCUGGGCAAGUCUCUGGGAGAAAAGUUCUCCUGCUGAGGCAGUCAAGAGAGCUCUGAGCUGCAGUCUGUGCCGCCCCGCCGAGGUGCGGGGGUGGGGCCAGUGGCACGGGAGCAACAGCUGUGUCCAGCUUUCCUGCUGCAGGCCGACCCGGCUCUGAGAGGUUUCGGAUGAGGAAGGUGUGGCUAGAAUAAGGUAUCAAAGACGGUGAACCUUCCACCUGCUGAGGACCAGGGUGCAUCCAUGGGCUACCAGGGGCAGCAGCCUGUCAUCCCGCCACAGAGCGAUCUGGAUGACAAAGAACUCCUUGUUUCUGAACCUAAGCACAAAGAGAAAACUUGUCGUCAGUCUGCUGCUGUUUUUAAUGUUGUCAACUCUAUUAUAGGAUCUGGUAUAAUAGGAUUGCCUUAUUCAAUGAAGCAAGCUGGCUUUCCUCUUGGAAUAUUGCUUUUAUUCUGGGUUUCAUAUGUUACAGACUUUUCCCUUGUUUUACUGAUAAAAGGAGGGGCUCUCUCUGGAACGGACACUUAUCAGUCUUUGGUCAAUAAAACCUUUGGCUUUCCAGGGUAUCUUCUCCUCUCUGUUCUACAGUUUUUGUAUCCAUUUAUAGCUAUGAUAAGUUACAACAUAAUAACUGGAGACACUUUGAGCAAAGUUUUCCAAAGAAUCCCAGGAGUUGACCCUGAAAACUUGCUUAUUGGUCGCCACUUCAUUAUUGUGUUUUCCACGGUUGUCUUUACUCUGCCUUUGUCCUUGUACCGAGACAUAGCAAAGCUUGGAAAGAUUUCUCUUAUUUCUACAGUUUUAACAACUCUGAUUCUUGGGAUUGUAACAGCAAGGGUCAUCUCACUGGGUCCAUACAUACCAAAAUCAGAAGAUGCCUGGGUAUUUGCAAAACCCAAUGCCAUUCAGGCCGUUGGUGUCAUGUCCUUUGCAUUUAUUUGCCACCAUAACUGCUUUUUAGUUUAUGGUUCUUUGGAAGAACCUACAGUGGCUAAGUGGUCCCGCAUCAUCCAUUUGUCCACCUUGGUUUCUGUCUUUAUAUGUAUCCUUUUUGCUACAUGUGGAUACGUGACAUUUACUGGCUUCACCCAAGGAGACUUAUUUGAAAAUUAUUGCAGAAAUGAUGACCUGGUAACAUUUGGAAGGUUCUGUUAUGGAGCCACUGUCGUUUUGACAUACCCCAUCGAGUGCUUUGUGACUAGAGAGGUAGUUGCCAAUGUGUUUUUUGGUGGGAACCUUUCACCAGUUUUCCACAUAAUCAUAACAGCGGUUAUCAUUACCACAGCCACGCUCGUGUCAUUGCUGAUUGAUUGUCUUGGAAUUGUUUUAGAACUCAAUGGUGUGCUCUGUGCAGCUCCACUAAUUUUUAUCAUUCCGUCAGCAUGUUAUCUGAAACUGUCUGAGGAACCAAGGACGCACUCCGAUAAGAUUAUGUCCUGUGUCAUGCUUCCCGUUGGUGCCGUGGUGAUGGUGGUUGGGUUUGUCAUGGCUGUGACAAAUCCUCAAGACUGCACACAUGGGCAGGAAAUGUUCUACUGCUUUCCUGACAACUUCUCUCUCACAAACAUCUCAGUUUCUCAUAGUCAACUGACAACUCAACUUUCAAUUGUAAACGUUAGUACUUUUUAAUGAGUUGACUGAUUUUUAAAUAUGUACAUUUGCAUAGACUUCUAAACCACACAAUAACAUUCACACACAUGUUUUAGUGUCUUUAUUAUAAAAUUAUUACUUUGGCAUUUAUUAAGACUUGGCUUUCUUUGUUCUUUAGUUCAUUACAAAAAAAUAAAGAGAAAUAGAAAAUUGAAUUUAUUUUAUUUUAAGCUGGGGCAAAAUAAAUAUUUCAUUUCACCAACUACUGCACUAAUGUUAAUUGCAGAAGGAAAGUGAAGCCUUGGACAUUUGCUGUCAUCCUCUCAAAGCAUUAUUCUUUUAUUUAAUAUGUGAGCCAACAUAUUCCGCUUUCAAAUAAGUGGAUGUUUGGGGCUUAGAAUUUUGUAUAUGUGUCCUUCAGGAGACAAAAAAAACAACAACCUGGUUUUUGUGCUUUAAAGUCUAUGGAA